GUCUAUACAUACACGCACAACACUGACGACCAGCUGAAACACGCGCGCGCGCGCCCACACACACACUCACAUUCUCUCUGCACACACACAAACACAAACACUAGGAGGAGAAGCUUAGUUAAUUAACGUCGUAGAGAGAGUCGUAGUGAGUGAGAGAGAGAUGGAGGUGGGCAUGGUGGUGGUGGUGGCGGCGAAGGUGUUGGUGAGCCUGUGGUGCGUGGGGGCGUGCUGCCUCGCGGCGUACCUGUACCGCGUCGUGUGGGUGGCGCCGCGGCGGGUGCUCGCCGAGUUCAGGAGGCAGGGCAUCGGCGGGCCGCGCCCUUCCUUCCCCUACGGCAACCUCGCCGACAUGCGGGAGGCCGUCGCGGCCGCCAGGCAUCAGCUGGCGGAGGCGCGACGCCGACGGCGAGCACGCGACAGCGGCGAUGGCGGCAGCGGCGCCGGCAUCGUGCACGACUACCGCCCCGCCGUGCUGCCCUUCUACGAGAAGUGGAGAAAAGACUACGGUCCAAUAUUCACUUACUCCAUGGGGAACGUCGUGUUCCUUCACGUGAGCCGGCCUGACGUGGUUCGGGACAUCAACCUCUGCGUGUCGCUGGACCUGGGCAAGAGCUCCUACCUCAAGGCGACGCACGAGCCCCUGUUCGGUGGGGGCAUCCUCAAAUCCAACGGAGAGGCGUGGGCACACCAGAGAAAGAUCAUUGCCCGUGAGUUCUUCCUGGACAAGGUCAAGGGCAUGGUGGAUCUGAUGGUAGAUUCUGCGCAAACACUGCUUAAGUCAUGGGAAGAAGGAAUAGACAAAAAUGGCGGGACCAUAGACAUAAAGAUUGAUGAUGACAUAAGGGCUUACUCUGCAGACGUUAUCUCUAGAACAUGCUUUGGAAGCAGCUACAUCAAAGGAAAGAAUAUAUUUUUAAAGAUCAGAGAACUACAAAAGGCUGUGUCCAAGCCAAAUGUACUAGCUGAAAUGACUGGCCUAAGGUUAGCAACCAAGUUUUUUCCCAUAAAGAGGAACAAGCAAGCGUGGGAGCUUCACAAACAAGUGCACAAACUAAUACUAGAAAUUGUGAAGGAAAGCGGAGAAGAAAGGAACUUACUACGUGCAAUUCUUCUUAGUGCAAGCAGCAGUAAGGUGGAGCUCGCUGAGGCAGAGAACUUUAUAGUGGAUAACUGCAAGAGUAUAUAUUUUGCAGGAUAUGAGAGCACAGCUGUCACAGCUGCCUGGUGUCUAAUGCUCCUUGGACUACAUCCAGAGUGGCAGGAUAGGGUACGGGAAGAAGUGCAGGAGGUCUGUGCAGGCCAGCCAGUAGACUCUCAGUCCCUUCAGAAAAUGAAGAAUUUGACAAUGGUGAUCCAGGAGACUUUGCGUUUGUACCCAGCUGGCGCCUUUGUAUCAAGGCAGGCCCUUCAGGAACUGAAGUUUGGGGGUGUACAUAUACCAAAAGGUGUCAACAUCUACAUCCCUGUUUCCACAAUGCACCUUGAUCCCAACCUGUGGGGUCCAGAUGUGAAAGAAUUCAACCCAGAGCGCUUCUCCAAUGCACAACCCCAGCUACAUUCCUACUUGCCAUUUGGCGCUGGUGCUCGAACUUGCCUUGGUCAGGGCUUUGCUAUGGCUGAACUCAAAACCCUAAUUUCCCUCAUCAUCUCCAAGUUUGUAUUGAAGCUCUCGCCAAACUAUGAGCAUUCUCCAACACUGAAACUCAUUGUGGAACCAGAAUUUGGUGUGGACCUCAGUUUAACGAGAGUGCAAGGUGCAUAUAGACACUAAUAGGGUGGUGAUUUGGACAUAAUAAUGACAGUGUCUAUCCAGGUCGAUGGAGAGAAAAUUGUAAUAUGAUGAAUGCAUCUUGAAAAAAAAAAGUACAUAUACAGCUCCAUACUAUUUAGGCUUGAUCGUACUCAUGGCAUGUUUCAGAACUUAGCUUAAAUGUGUUUAACUAUAGGGAAGAUGUCAAUGGACAAAUGGUUUAUGUCAACAUCAUAUGGUUAUGUUGUGAGUACCAAAAGGCAACAUAUACUGGAAACAUUAAAGGUAAA